CUCCUAAACUCAUUCUCUCUACACAUCUCUCACGAAAUUAACUUCGAAAUGCUCUCUUUUGUCUUCAGAUCUGCUAUCUUUCUGUAGCCACAGAUCAACGUCAGAUCUCAAUUUUCUCUAUUUUUAUUUAUUUAUAUACAUAAUUUUCAUCUUCAUCCCAAUCUGGUGUGUUUGUGUUACUUUCCGAUGGGUGAAAUCGCAGUUCUUCGUCCUCAAGAUCCUUUGAAGGAUCGCCUAGCUUAUAAUCGUCACAAUACUUUUGUUAAUUCCAGUUUUCCUUCACCCAAAUCAAAGAAGACUUGUUCUUCUUCUUCUAACCCUAACCAUGGAUCCGAUAAGUCGAAUCGGCGGAAGCGGAGUCCUCAGAAGAGCAGUAGAAAUAGUAAUACUAGUAGAGGCGGCUGCGCCAGCUUGUCAAGCUCUCCGCCGGCCAAGAACCGCCAUCUCGUCAUGGGGCAGGUCAAGAUUUUGAAGCGCGGCGAAGCGUUGACUGUGUCGAUGAAGAACGGGUUGGAGAAGAAGGUUAUGAUGAUGGAGGGCGAGAAGAGCGAGGUGAAUUGUUGUGCGCCGGAGGAAGACGACGAUUUGGCUUUGUCGACCACGGAUCGGCUCGGUCCGGAGCCAGAUAUGGUUCCAAAGCAGAUCAAAAUCGCUGAUUUUUACGCCGGAUCGGCUUUCAUCUCCUCUCCGCCGCCCAGUUCUCUUCCCGUGCCUGCUUUCUUUAAGAAAAAGAGCACCGAGAGCUACGACGACGCUUCUAGCGGUUUGCGGCGGCUUCUGAGGCUGGAUCCGUCGUGAGUUUGUAUAGAACCUAAGAAAAAGGGUUUCUCUUUAUUCUCUAUUCUCUCCCGGCUCGACUUGAAGGAAGGUUCAGUUGGAAAGCUAAAAGUCUAGUGGUUUGUGGGUUGAAAAAUGUUGCAAAAGUUUGGUUAAUUGCUCCAAUUCGCAGUUGCUUCCCUUAUUUUUUCAAGGGGAAGGUCGGAUUGGCAAAGCAAUUCGUCAAGCCUCUCUUUCAUUUCCAGGUUCCUGCCUUGAUCAAGUAGUAGUAGUAGUAAUGGAAGUAACAGAAUAGCUCUUGCUCCUUGGUUAACUUUUCCCAUACUAUAUAUAUAUAUAUAGAGUGUUUCAUAGUCCCAUGUUGUGUUGUCUAGGUAUUUGUCUUAUCCUAAAUGAUAUAUGUAGGGUUUCUACAAGAAUAAUUUGGCAUUAGCUGAUAGUCGUUUUAGUGUGUAUGUGAAGGGGAUGCUAAGAUCCUCCUCUUCAUGAAUAUGUAAGUGUUUUAAGUUUUAUGGAAGUUUAUUAUUUAUUGUGUCACA